UACAUGUACCUUCACAACAGAUGAAAUAAUCAUAUGUUUGGAUCUCAAUAAAAUGGAUGUUUGUCUCAAAAAUGAGGAAAGCGAUACGGAAUCUGCAUUUUUCGAAAAAGGAAAUUACUUGUUUGUAAUGUUUUUAGAUUAUAACGAUUUUAUGUUUAAAACCAAAAAAAUAUCUGGACAAGCUCCCGCUGGUUCUUUAGGUGAAAAUCUUAAUCUUGCCACAGGAAAUACUGGAAUUCCAUCAUUUAUAGGGGAUGGAAGUAUCGAAUCAGCAUGGUUACCGAAAAUGCAAGCUCAUGAAAUGCAAAGAUUAAUGCAAAAAAUAACUAAUUGUUGUGAUGAAUGA